CAGUUCUGUUCAGUUCCGCUCACUUCCAACAUCCAUCUGCACCAGCCAACCCAAGUGGCUCGCCCACCACUCUCCAGCAACUCUCACCCGCUUGCCCGGCGAUUCACAUCCAUCAACCUCCAUCGGGCCACAAUGUACAUCAAGUUCCUCGUCGACCCAGCCAGCGUCCCUCAGGCCGAUCUCCAUGCAGAGCCCCUCGCCUUGCCCGCUGCCGAGCCCGCUGCCGAGCCCGCUGCCGAGGACCACCACUUUCUCUACAAACGCAAGGGUGGUGGUGGCAGCAGCGGUGGUGGUGGCCGAGGUGGUGGUGGCAGCAGCGGUGGAAGCCGAGGUGGCUCCAGCGGCUCCAGUGGUUCUGGUGGUUCGGUCGUCAUCAUUGGUGGCUCCUCGCCCUCGUCCUCAAGCUCCGAUCCACCCUCGCAAGGCGCCAUCAUUUUCGGAUGGGUCUGCCUCGGGAUUGCCGGAUUGGUGGCCCUGCCGUUUGUUCUGAUCAUCAUCCAGGUCGUGAUCAUCGGUCCCUGCGUGGAUGAAUUCAAAAAGUGGCGAAAGGCCUGUGCAGCAGCCAAGGCCGCCAGGAUUGCUGGAAAGCAGAGAGCUGCUCCUGCACCAGAGGGCCUCGCAGCCAGUCGGCCAGCGAUGGUCUCCGUCGAUCCGCUCAAACCUUCGACAACCACAGCGCCGCCCAAGAUCGUGGUGAUUCCGGCCACGACCAGCUCGGCCUCGAUACCAGCCGCCAGGGACACCAAGGACACUGCUGUCGAUCUGGAGAAGGGCCAACUCGGCCCGACCACGUCGGAUGCUGAUAUAUCGAAGGAGACUCUGGCCGACGCCGACCAGUAUUGGUCCUCAUAACCACCCUGAGCCUCAUGUUAUCUUGCCAGUCUUGGCAGAUUGCCAGUCUUGCUCCCUCUCAUACCCACGGACAUUCUCUGUCGUUGGCCGAUAUAACUGUAUUCCCAUCCCAUCCCAUGUAGCCACACCAUGGCACCUCAUAUUGCGACAGCGCACGGCCCUAUAUCACCUCAUGAUCGACAUCUCUGGCCAUAUAUCCCUCCGUCAUCCAUCCUGACAGAGUGAUGGCGAGUCGCCCAUGUGCACUAAUACAAUAUUCACAGACUAAAACGAG